UGUAUUUUUCUUAAAAAUCCGGGUUACUGGUCCUGAUUAACUUGAAAAUUCCAGGUUUAGAUUAGACCGAACUGGAUCAAAAACCUGGAAUCAAGGUUUAGUAAAGACCGGACCAUACCGGAAUAACCAAGUCCGAUCCUUAAUUCUGGAUAGUUUCACACCCCUAAUUACAAGUACAUAUGAAUUAUUAAGGUAUUCCAUUCAAUUCGAUACAUGAAAAUUGAUUUUGAGAUUUGAUUAAAACUUUUGAUGUACAUUUAUUGCUUCUAAUCAAUUUAUAUGAAGGGGCAUUAGUGUUCACAAAAGUGAAAUAUGUAUUGUAUGCACUAAUUAAGGUGAAUAUAUUUGUUUUCAAAAUGACUAUUAGAAUCACUUGCCAGACCGCAAUUAAAUAAUGGUUAUGCCAUUUGAUCUAAAUCAUGUCUUUGAUCAAUGACAUUUUCCAAGCCAAAAUGUGUGUCUCAUGCAUAUAUUCUUGAAUGCCAUUUGAUCCAAUUUUAUAAGCAUUACUACCCCUCUAAUGUUUUAAUCCAUUGAUAUAAAUCAAAUAUCAAAGUUCGUUAUUGUUUUUUGCGUCAUAUAUUUCUUUCUAGAAAGAUCUGAAUUACAUGUUAUUCUAUGACUAAUUUAUUAACCGAUAAUAAUUGGAGUGUUUACUUAGUGAGAGUGGCAACAUGAAAACAUGAGUUUUGUGGUGAUAAAUCAGUUGGAAGUUUGGAUUUUGCUUUAAUGAUUCUAAUUAAUUGAUAUCAAUCACAUAAGAUAUUCAAUUAAUAUAAUGUACAGAAACUGAAAUGAAAACAUUUAUUAAAAUGGUUUGACAGACAGAAUCUGAACCGAUCCACCAUAAUAAUGAGUUUUGUACAUAUUCACAACUCUAAUAUCUUGAUACAACUAUAUAUAACCCCUCAAAUGUGCGUGCUCUUUUUCAUUCCAAGCUCACUAAUUUUCUCUCUGAUCAUUUUGCUGCCUUAAUUGUGAGAUUGAUUGAAAUCAAGAUGAAUAAUAAGGAUCAAUUGCGCCAACAACUAGUGGAGAAGAGACAAUUCUUGAUUGGCGAGGGGAUUGUGGAUGAGUUCUUUUUACAAGUGGAGUCCCUAGAAGAUACUCAGCCUAAUUUUGUCGAGAAUAUCAUUACUGCAUACUUUCCUUCAUCAGCAGCCUACAUGAAUGAUUUGGAACAACUCUUAAACUCCAAACCCAUAGAUCUUGUAAAUGUGGAACGUUUGAUUCUAAAACUGAAAGGAGGCAGUGCUACUAUGGGAAUGGCAAAGUUUAAUGCGAUCAUUGAAGAAAUGUUCAACAUUUUCAGGGCAAAAAGAUAUGACAGGUUAUAGUCGUCUAAUUUAAUCUUACUUUUAAAUUUAUCAAAACAAAGAAGAAGAUUAUAAUUCUUUGCCAUACAUUUUAUUUAUUAGGUUAUAUGCUGCAUUUUUUAGAAUUAAGGAGGGGCAUGAGGCUCUAAAGAUGCAAAUCGAACCUUAUGUUGAGGUUAUUUUCAACAUCCCUCACAAAAUUUUAACUUAUUUGUAUUAUUGUUGACUGACUAUGCAUUUAUCAACUUAUCUUUAUGUGUGUUUAGAUAUUACGUUUGCUGAGAGAAUGUACUUCAGAUGAGGCAUCAAACAAUCAUGCAGAGGUUGAAAGCAUUGACAGCAAUGAUGAUAUAUGUGAUUGAGGCUUGCAUAUAUGAGAAGCAUCUUAACUAGAGAAGUUUUAGUAAUGAAAGAAUAUUUGCAUUUGAAUGAUGUUUUUUUUUUGUUUUUAAUUAACUUAAGAACUAUGCGAUCUAUAAAUUUAAUUUCGUUGUUUUCUGUGGGGAUGUUGAAUGGUUUUAACUUUAUGAACUUAGUAAUUAUGAAAUCCUAUUAUGAAAUUAGAUUUAAUUUAUGUUUCUUAAUAUUGAAUAACAUGCAAUACCUUAAUAUAUAUUGUUUUUUUUUUUUUUUAAUAGUUUUUAAUUGCAUUUUGAUACAAUUUUUUCUUGCAUGCAAUAUUAAGGGUAAUUUGAGGAAAAUAUAAGUGUAUCUCCUAAUUGUUAAUCAAGUAUCAAAUACACAUUGAAUUACAACCAAUGUAAAUCGUCUCUCUCUCUUAUAGAAUUUUCUUAUAAAAUAUAUAUUUUAAAAUAGUUUAAUCGAUAUUAUGAUUCAUAAAAAUCAAUAGAUGAUGAAUGU